AUGCCGAUUUCCUUGGUCAUGUUGAACUUCAUUUCCCGUCGCACCGAUGCGGUUGACCGUGUGAAUGAUUCUGGAAGCUGGUUUAUGAUUCGGUCGUGGUCUGGUGAUCGUCGAGCCCAGAGUGUGUCCAUGACGGGAGUCGAGGGGAUCUACGGAGUACUCCGUACAGGCUUCCAAUGUGGGAGUGUCGGUGUGCAGGUUUCCAUUGAUCGACUGUGA